AUGUCAGCAGAGAAACCAACUAAGAAGUCUGGCGGCAAGUCGAAGGAUAAGGAUGCAGAGAAGACGCAUAAGCUUUCGCUGAAAGGUUCAGCAAAGAUGGUUGCGGAAUUCUUUGAAUCCUCGAUUCAUUCAAUCUUGUACCAGCGCGGCGUAUAUCCUACGGAGGACUUUACAGUAGUCAAGAAAUAUGGAUUAAACAUGCUCUUCUCCUCCGAUGACCAGGUCAAAGCUUACAUUAAAAAGAUGAUGAGUCAGCUAAAUAAGUGGACCCUCGCCGGGAAGGUCUCGAAGCUAGUGGUCGUUAUAACAUCAAAAGACACCGGCGAACACCUUGAGAGGUGGCAGUUUGACGUGCAGCUUAUGGGAAAGGCGGCGAAAGCCAAGGGGGGAGCUCCAGAGAUUGAUCAAGAGAACCCCGAGCCUAGCAACCCCCGACCACCGCCGAAAGAGAAAACGGAAAAGGAAAUCCAGGAGGAAAUCAGAUCGCUAUUCCGCCAAAUUACAGCAUCGGUUACGUUCCUGCCUAUGUUGGAUGGAAGGUGCACGUUCAAUGUGCUUGUGUAUGCAGAUGGGGAUGCGGAGGUGCCCAUGGAUUGGGGUGAUUCAGACGCGAAGGAGAUUGAAGGUGGUGAGAAGGUUACCCUAAGGAGUUGGGGUACGGCGAACCAUAGGGUGGACACGCUUGUUAGUUACAAAUUGCAGGACUGA